UGAGAGAUGGCUCGUGCUGGAUUGCACUGGAAUUGGUGGGAUCUUUGCUGAGAUCCGGGCAGGGAGGGUGGUGAGUUAAGCUGGCUGGAUCAAUCAAGGGGUGUGCUAAAGUGUCGUAAUGGAAACUGGAAAGCUUGGUUUGCUCUGAGUUUAGGGAAUUCUUCAUUCUAGCAUGAUAAUCAAUUGGCUGCAGGGCUUGGCAUCCGUGUGCGGCAGAGUUUGCUGAGCUAUUGAAAUGAAGCAAGAGUAGUUCUCAGUACUCCAUUUUGAGCUUUGGUAUUUCUUUGAUUUGAGAUUUCCAACUGCUUCUUAGGCAUUUUUGCUCAAUGGUGGCAAGAUUAGUUUGUUGCAACUUCUUGUACUCAUGUUGAACGUGUUAGUGGCGUAAAACUCACCAGAACCAGGUUCAUGGCAUCUGGUACAAAAUCAGACUUGUUGUCUGGUAGCCCUGAUGGGCAUGGAUACUUCAAUGGGUCACGCGGGUCGUAUUCAGCCGCUUCAUUGGAAAGGUCAGGAAGCUUUCGUGAAGGUGGUGAUAGUUAUGCAAGCUUUCCAGUAUCAAGCUCAUCGAGAUCACCAGCAGUUGACUCUGUUACCCUGCUUCAAUCCCUUGCCAUGGACCCAAGAACAACAACGUUGGACCAGAAGACAUCUCGGAUAGAUGUAAAAGAAUCAAUAAGUUCCAUAUUUGGAACAUCACCAGAAGAGUCGACAUCGACCACAUGUACAGGACGCAAUUUUCCUUAUUCUGUUGAAGAGAUCAGACGUCUGAAGAAUAAUGUUAAUGAUAUGUCAACCAAAGCCAGGGAAAGAGCAAGAGGUUUUGGUAGUGCUGUAGUGAAGAUCGAUAAAUAUUGUCCUAAUAUUUCACGAAAGCGUUCCCGUGGAGAUGGUUCAUCAAACGAACGAUCUACUCCAUCUCUUUCUGGAGGAGUUAUAUCCAGGAUAGGCCCUCAAGGCCAUCUAAAUGCAGAUGAUACGGAACUUGGGCCUCAGAGAGAAGAGAGGACAAAGAAUGCAAUACAAAAUAGGAGAUUACGUACAUCCAUGGCAGAGAUGGAUGGAAGGACAACGAGUCUGUCAAGGGGGCUGGGGCAUAUUGAUAGAAGUUCGGAUCCUGGCAAAGUCACCAAUGGUGGUUCAGCAGUCCUGGAAGAAAAAACUAGAGGCUUAGCAACUAGCAUUGAUGGCUGGGAGAAGCCGAAGAUGAAGAAAAAGCGUUCUGCCAUUAAGGCAGAUGUUUCGUCGGCUGGUACUUCACGGACUGUGGAUGCAGACCGGGAGCAGAAACAAGGCAUGCAACCCAAGUUUAGUAAUGAUGCUAGGGCACGAAUAGGAAGUUCCCCUAGUUUCAGGUCUGGAACUGUUGUGUCUGGCACUGGUAAAGCAGACUUGCUGUCUGCACAAAAUGGUCUUGUUGGACGAUCCUUGAAUAGGAGUGACCAAGACAGUGGUUUCCAUCCUACCAACAAAAGGGAUCGUCAAGUUGUUUUAGAUAAGGAAAUGUCCAUUCCAAAAGUUAUGAACAAACUUAAUGAAGAUGACACUGGUGCUAAUAUCACAUCAGCAUCAAAGGCAAGCGGGUCUGCUAGGGGACCUCGAUCGAAUUCUGGUUCAUUAUUGAAGUCAUCUCCAAACAUUCAUCGAUUACAAGCUAAUCCUGAUGAUUGGGAACAUCCUUCUGGCACAAAUAAGUUGAAUUCUGCUAGUGGAUCUGGCAAUUCAAAACGUACAAAGUCUGCACAUUCACUAUCACCUCCCACUCAGUGGGGUGGGCAGAGGCCUCAGAAGAUAUCCCGCUCAGCAAGAAAGUCAAAUCUAGUUCCUAUUAUCACAAGCGCUGAUGUGGCAUUUGUAUCAGGUUCGCUUGAAAGUCCAUCUAUCAAUGAAGAGUCUGUGGGGUUACCCAGACGUGCAUCUAUAAAUGGUCCACAACAAGCCAAACGAGGAGACCAUGGGCUCUUAACUGGAUCUGAAGGAGACGAAUCUGGGUUCGCUGAGAAAAAGUUGAGGGACAAAGGCAAAAGGGCUGGUGAACUGGAUGAUGGCCACUGUGGUUUUCAGAAGAUUGCAAUGCUAGGGCAUCCUUCCAAAAGGAAUAAGUUGUCUGCUGACGAGGACAUCGGAGAUGCUUCACGGAGACAAGGAAGGAUUGGGCGUGGUUUUACCCCAACCAGGCCCAGUACCCCUUCAUCAAUUGAGAAGCUUGAAAAUGCUCCAACUACAAAGCAAAGAAGUGUUAGGACAGUCUCAGAGAGAAACGAAAGUAAAUCUGGAAGACCACUGAUAAAGAAGAUAUCGGAGCGGAAAGGCAAUGCACGCCCUAGACAUACAAGUAGCAAUGUGCAGUCAGAUUCUCCUGUACAAUCAGAAGAUGAUCAUGAAGAGCUUCUUGCUGCAGCGAAUACUGCUUUAAGGUCUGCUUAUGCAAGUUCGUUCUGGCGGCAGGUUGAAUCUUUCUUUGGUUUUUUGACCACAGAAGACAUAGCCUACCUAAGUCAACAGAUACAUUUGCCAGAUGACUCUGCUGCCAGUAGGUCUGUUGAAGGAGAUGGAAGUCGGAAAUACAAGGGUAGCCUUGAAUACAUUUCAGAGCCAUCGACUCCGGCUGCUAGCAGCAAAGAUGACCAUAGUGCUCUUCCAAAUGGGUAUGCACUGAAUGGCAUGGUCAAUGAUGUAGGGAUUGCCUGGGGGACAAGCUGCAUUGAACCUAUCCUGGAUCAACUUGUACAAGGAAUUGAUGUGCGAGAAGGUGGUUCAGUUGGCCAAAGACUUAUUCAAGCUUGGAUAGAUGAAGAUAAGGUUGAUGAUAUUGCCAGCAACAUUUACAGAAGUGAAGGAUAUCCAUUCGACACACAUGAAAUUCAUUUCGAUGAAGGAGGAUGGAAAUCUCAUUCAGAAGGUUAUAAGUUGGAACCUUUAAUGAAUUUUGAAGCUGCAGAGAAUUGCUCAAAUGGUUUGGUAUCGGGAUCUGAUUGGAAAUGUCAUGAUGAAAUGUCACCCAAGAACCAUAAUGCCAUGGAAAAAGCCAAGGUGUGGCCUGAGUUUCAGUACAGUGAGAUGUGCUUAAGUGAUAGGAUUAUCAUCGAGCUAAGUGAAGUUGGCGUAUCUAUUGAACCUGUGCCUGAUCUUGCACAGAGCGAGGAUGAGGAUGUCAAUGCUGAAAUCUGCAAAUUAGAAGGCCAACUUCAUAAAGAGGUCAUGGAGAAGAAAAACUUACUAGUGAAGUUGGAUGACAUUGUUAGAACCGAGAAAGAGUCCCAGCAGAGGGACUUCUCACGGCGUGCCAUGGAGAGACUUGUGCUGAUUGCUUAUGAGAAAUACAUGGCCUUUUGUGGUUCAAAUACCUCAAGCAGCAAAAAUGUUAAUAGAGCUGGCAAGCAUGCCGCUCUAAGUUUUGUUAAACGCACAAUAGCACGUUGCCAAAUCUAUGAAGAGGCUGGAACAAGCUGCUUUGAUGAGCCUCCUUUCAAGGAUAUGUUUAUAUCAGCAACUUCUCACAGAAGGGUCCCAGAUUCUGUUUCACAAGACAAUAAUACCCGACCAAAAUCGGUCCAAAGGCCUAGUGCAUCAGACGCUUCUCGAGCGAGCAGUCACCUGUCGGAUCUGUCAUUUGCUAAGGAGGAUCCUUGGACAAAUAAUGUAAAACAAAGAGAAUUGUUACUUGAUGAGGUUGUAGGUAGCAUAACUGGAGGAACUCUGAAAACUUCAGGCCUUGGGGCUGCCCUUGUUAGCAAUACAAAAGGAAAGAGAAGUGAGAGAGAUAGGGAAGGGAAGGGACACAACCGAGACGGUGGUAGAUCUGGGCGUCCGCCAUCCUCCAAUGCAAAAGGUGAACGGAAGAAUAAAACGAAACCAAAACAAAGGACAGCCAACAUAUCUGCUCCUGUCAGCAGUGCUCUUUCCAGGGAUCCACAGUUGCAGACCAAAAUAACCACCUCAGACAACAGCAAGGACAGUACGUCUGCUGCUAGUAGACGCGAUGAACCGGUAAAUGCUACAAAUGAUGCUGAAAUACCGGACUUGUCUAACCUCGAGCUGCCAGGAAUUGAUGGUGAUUUCGGCGGCUGGUUAAAUAUAGAUGAUGAUGAUGGGUUCCAGGAUCUCGACUUGAUGGGCCUCGAGAUCCCCAUGGAUGACAUCAAUGAGAUUAAUCUGAUGAUAUAGGCCCGCAUAGAAAGCUUCAUAUAGUGCACAGGUAACAGGUGAUUUUCUUAAGAUAACCACCAACCCCAGCAGGUUUAACAAAAGGCCGGAUAGGCUCCAGGUAGCCUUUUCUUUUUAUAAAGUUUGUAGAGACUUCACAAUCCCUCCCUUUGUAUCAGCGGUCAAUUUGCUUCCCUACCUUGUACGAUACGAUUACACUGUACUGUACAUAUCUAUUUUGGUGUUGUACAAGCUAGGGAAGCUAGUUGCUUGAUUUAUCCGGAUGUACUCAAAAGGCUGUAAAUAUCAGGAUCAAGAUCCCUUUUGCAAAAAUAAAGGGACACCAAGUUAUAGCUCUACUUUCGUCA